UGGCACCAUUCGUACCGUGCGCGUCUCCAAGUGGAAUUGUUGUGUGGCAGCGGAAAGCAAAUCAUUGCUAAAGAGAAAGAAACGUUUGUGCGUGCAUAUGGAAUACCUUUAUUCGCGCGUUUGAUUUCACCGACUCGUUUUUUCCGUUUAGCGUGACGCGUAAGUGAUGGUGCACAUUUUGGUUUCGUGACCUGUCAGCUGGAUCAGGUUGUGUUGGAUGGAUGUGGCACGAAUUGGAUGGUUACACAUUUUCCGUGGUUUGAAAUGCACUCAACGGGAAUGACAUUUCUAUGACAAGUUUCUAUUUUGUGCAAUUUUCUCAACAAUGGAGUGAGGCGAGGGCGCACGGGGAAGCUGGUUAAAAGCGACUUUUGUAUUUUUAUUUCACUUCACAUAGACUGAUGGGGACUCUAAGUAGUAACAGAUGUCUGUACUGUAAUGUGCACUCUUUAUCUUCUGUUUAAUGCCAGUUUGGAUUUUACCUGUUGGAUAUCUGCAUGUCUAGGAUGGCUCGCUUUGGAGACGAUCUGCCCACCCGCUAUGGAGGUCCAGCGGGCGCCGGGAGAGGGGGAGCCCGGGCGGGAGGUCCCUCGGGCGGUCAAAGAAUGUACAAACAGUCGAUGGCUCAAAGAGCCAGGACAAUGGCUUUAUAUAAUCCUAAACAAACCAAACAGAACUGCUUCACUGUCAACCGCUCUUUGUUCAUCUUCAGUGAGGACAAUGUCAUCAGGAAAUACGCUAAAAGAAUAACCGAAUGGCCUCCAUUUGAGUACCUGAUCCUCACCACCAUCAUCGCCAACUGCAUCGUACUGGCCCUCGAACAGCAUCUCCCCGCCAUGGACAAGACCCCCAUGUCUGAACGCCUGGACGACACAGAGCCCUACUUUAUCGGAAUAUUCUGUUUCGAGGCCGGCAUUAAGAUCAUCGCCUUGGGCUUUGUGUUUCACAAAGGCUCUUACCUCCGCAACGGCUGGAACGUAAUGGACUUUGUGGUCGUUCUGACAGGGAUCUUAACCACAGUGGGUUCACAGUUUGACUUAAGGACGUUGCGCGCCGUCAGAGUACUGCGACCCCUCAAACUGGUGUCUGGAAUCCCAAGUCUUCAAGUAGUAUUAAAGUCCAUUAUGAAGGCCAUGGUUCCCCUGCUUCAGAUUGGACUGCUGCUUUUCUUCGCCAUCGUUAUGUUUGCCAUCAUCGGUGUUGAGUUCUACAUGGGCAAAUUUCAUUUCACCUGCUUUAAAGUGGAUACAGGAGAAAAAGUUAGUGAUUACCCAUGUGGAGCAGAACGUCCCUCAAGAGUGUGUCCCAAUGGAACAGAAUGUAGGGAGUACUGGACAGGACCCAACUUCGGCAUCACAAAUUUCGAUAACAUCCUCUUCGCCAUCCUCACAGUCUUCCAGUGCAUCACCAUGGAAGGAUGGACUGAUGUGCUAUAUCAUGCCAAUGAUGCCUCGGGAAACACUUGGAACUGGUUGUACUUCAUCCCUCUCAUCAUCAUCGGGUCCUUUUUCAUGCUUAACCUCGUCCUGGGUGUCUUAUCAGGGGAGUUUGCGAAAGAAAGAGAACGAGUGGAGAAGAGGCAGGAGUUCCUGAAGCUCCGCAGACAGCAACAGAUUGAGAGAGAACUCACCGGCUACCUGGAGUGGAUCUGCAAGGCAGAGGAGGUGUUGCUGGCAGAAGAGGAUCAGAAUGCUGAGGAGAAAUCCCCUCUGGAUGGUGCGUGGUACAGGAGGAAACAGAACAACCCAGUCCUGAAAAGAACAAAGAGCAGAAAGGGUAGAAAUGACCUUAUCAGUGCUGAAGAGGGAGAGGAGCAUUUCACAGACAUCUCCUCUGUCGCACCACCUGGAUCACCUUUUGCCCGAGCUAGCCUAAAGAGCAGUAAGAACGAUAGCUCCUCAUAUUUCCGUCGAAAGGAAAAGAGGAUACGCUUUUUCAUUCGGCGGAUGGUGAAGGCACAAAGUUUCUACUGGAUUGUUCUUUGUUUGGUGGGAUUGAACACAAUGUGUGUGGCCAUCGUCCAUUACGACCAGCCUGAGUGGCUCACCAAGGCCCUGUACCUGGCAGAGUUUGUAUUCCUGGGUCUGUUUCUGACAGAGAUGACUCUGAAGAUGUACGGCCUGGGGCCCAGAAACUACUUUCACUCCUCGUUCAAUUGUUUUGACUUCGGGGUGAUUGUGGGAAGUAUAUUUGAGGUGGUGUGGGCAGCGAUCCAACCUGGUGCAUCUUUUGGGAUCAGUGUUUUGAGAGCCCUGCGCCUGCUCCGUAUUUUUAAAGUGACCAAGUAUUGGAACUCUUUGCGGAAUCUUGUGGUUUCACUGUUAAAUUCCAUGAAGUCCAUCAUUAGCUUGCUCUUCCUCCUCUUCCUCUUCAUUGUGGUGUUUGCGCUGCUAGGCAUGCAACUCUUCGGGGGCCAGUUUAAUUUUGAAGAUGAAACUCCCACUACAAACUUUGACAGCUUCCCUGCAGCCAUAAUGACAGUCUUCCAGAUUUUGACAGGAGAGGACUGGAAUGCAGUGAUGUAUCAUGGGAUAGAGUCCCAGGGUGGCGUCCGGGGUGGAAUGUUCUCCUCGGUCUACUUCAUUGUCCUUACGCUGUUUGGAAACUACACACUUCUGAAUGUAUUCUUGGCCAUCGCUGUGGAUAACCUUGCCAACGCACAGGAGCUCACAAAGGAUGAAGAGGAACAAGAGGAGGCAGCGAAAAAGAGCAUGGCUCUUCAGAAAGCCAUGGAGGUGAAGGAGGUCAGCCCCAUGUCUGCUGCCAACAUCUCAAUAGCAGCUUUUGUAAAGCAAAAUCGAGAUGAAAUCUCUCGCAGGUCUUCAGUCUGCAGCGUUCACUCACUUAAGGAGCAGCAGAGGUCACUGCAGAAGAUGUCCAUAUGGGAGCAGCGCACCACCCAGCUGCGCAGACACAACCUGCGCAACAGCAGCGAGGCCCUUUACAACGAGCUAGAGCCUGAAGAGCGUCUGCGCGUGUCUUCGGCGCUCCAUCUGCGGCCCGACAUGAAGGCCCACCACGAUCGUCCACUGGUGGUUGAGCACAGAGACGGCACUGCGGAAAAUUCCAGAACUGACGGAGAUGGAGAUACUCCAGACUGUCAACCUUCCUCCGGCCACCCAAGGAAGCACCAUCGAUGUCGAGGAGAAAACGGAGAUGCGGGAGAAGGGCGGCACCAUAGACACCACAGCAGAAACAGAGAGCACCAGGGUGGCUUGGAACACAGCAGCAAUCAAGAUGGAGGACACAGGAACCACCACACAGCUGGUUCUCCUGAGGAGGGCAUAGGGAUGGGGGAGAGAGAACACAGACACCACCAUUCUCGCAGAUCCAGAGAGGUCAACGGGAACGGCAACGGCAACGGCACGAUUGGUAAUGGAGGCAGAGGCGAGGGUAGGAUACGAGGUCACAGGGAGGGCGAAGGAGGGAAUGGAGAGAGGAGAAGACAACGGCCACGUGGUAAAGCCCAGUCCACACUGGAUGGAGAAGAUUGCAGGGAGAAUGGUGGAAAACACAGGGGAAGGCCAACAGGAACAGACAGCCUAGCCACCAGCCCUCUCCAGUCUCCUUCUGAAGAGAAGCCAGAAGAUAAAGAUAAUCUAAAAAACAGCACCAGAAUGGGCCCAACUGGAAUCAACAUCCCUGUCACCAUAACUGCCCCACCAGGAGAGACUACAGUCAUUCCCAUGAACAACAUUGAUGGUGACAGUUUACUGCUGAACGAGGAAAAGAAGGAUCUUGAUGAGCUGAAUCAGAAUGCGCCCAAACACAUUCUGCCGUACAGCUCCAUGUUUGUGUUCGGUCCAAAUAACCCAGUGAGACGGCUGUGUCAUUAUGUGGUGAACCUACGGUAUUUUGAGAUGUGUAUCCUCACAGUCAUCACCAUGAGCAGCAUCGCUCUCGCUGCUGAAGACCCUGUGCAGGCCAAUGCCCCGCGCAAUGAUGUGCUGAAAUACCUAGAUUAUGUCUUCACUGGUGUGUUUACGUUUGAGAUGGUUAUAAAGAUGAUUGAUCUUGGGCUGUUGUUGCAUCCUGGGUCUUACUUCAGGGACCCGUGGAACAUACUAGACUUCAUCGUAGUCACCGGCGCUCUGGUGGCCUUCGCCUGCUCAGGAACUAAAGGGAAGGACAUCAACACCAUCAAGUCCCUAAGGGUCCUUCGAGUACUAAGGCCCUUGAAGACCAUUAAACGCUUGCCUAAACUCAAGGCCGUGUUUGACUGCGUGGUGAACUCUCUGAAAAAUGUGCUCAACAUCCUCAUCGUUUACAUCCUCUUCAUGUUCAUCUUCGCCGUUAUUGCUGUGCAGCUUUUCAAGGGGAAGUUUUUUCACUGCACUGACGAGUCCAAAGCCCUGGAGAAGGACUGCAGGGGUCAGUUCCUGGAAUACGGCAGUGAUGGAGUGGCCAUGACGCAGCCGCGCGAGUGGAAGAAGUAUGAUUUCCAUUAUGACAACGUCCUGUGGGCCUUUCUGACCCUGUUCACUGUCUCCACAGGAGAAGGCUGGCCAACAGUGCUGAAACACUCUGUUGAUGCCACGUACGAAGACCAAGGUCCCAGUCCAGGUUACCGCAUGGAAACCUCCAUCUUCUAUGUGGUCUACUUCAUCGUCUUCCCCUUCUUCUUUGUCAACAUUUUUGUGGCUUUGAUCAUCAUCACGUUCCAGGAGCAGGGAGAUAAAGCCAUGUCGGAGUGCAGCUUGGAAAAGAACGAGCGAGCUUGUAUUGACUUUGCCAUCAACGCCAAACCUCUGACUCGCUACAUGCCACAGGACAAGCAGUCUUAUCAGUACAAGAUAUGGAAGUUUGUGGUGUCCACUCCAUUUGAGUACUCCAUCCUGACCAUGAUCGCUGUCAACACAGUGGUCCUCAUGAUGAAGUUCCAUGGUGCUCCUAAACCGUAUGAAGACAUGUUGAAGUGGCUGAACAUCAUCUUCACGGCUCUCUUCACGCUGGAGUGCAUUCUCAAGGUCAUCGCCUUUGGCCCUCUGAACUACCUAAAGGAGGCAUGGAAUAUUUUUGACUUUGUUACUGUACUGGGCAGCAUCACUGACAUCCUGGUUACUGAGAUCAAGGAUAAGAGGAUUAAUCUUAGUUUCCUGAGACUCUUCCGGGCCGCUCGUCUCAUUAAACUCCUCCGGCAGGGCUACACCAUUCGCAUCCUGCUCUGGACCUUUGUUCAGUCCUUUAAGGCUCUGCCGUAUGUGUGUCUCCUCAUUGCAAUGCUCUUCUUCAUAUAUGCCAUCAUUGGGAUGCAGGUGUUUGGUAACAUCAUGCUGUCCGAGGAGUCGGCUAUCAACAUUCACAAUAACUUCCAAACUUUUUUUCAGGCCCUCAUGUUGUUGUUCAGGAGCGCUACAGGGGAGGCUUGGCAUGAAAUUAUGCUGUCUUGUCUGAGCGAAAGGCCAUGUGACCAUGACUCUGGCUAUACUGGAAAAGAGUGCGGGAGUGAUUUCGCUUACUUCUACUUUGUCUCUUUCAUCUUCCUUUGUUCCUUCCUGAUGCUGAAUCUGUUUGUCGCCGUCAUCAUGGAUAACUUUGAGUACCUGACACGUGACGCUUCUAUUCUCGGGCCUCAUCACCUUGACGAGUUCAUCCGUGUCUGGGCUGAGUACGACCCUGCCGCCUGCGGAAGGAUACACUAUAUGGAUAUGUACAAUUUGUUGCGUGUUAUCUCACCCCCACUUGGCUUAGGAAAGAAGUGCCCUAAUAGGGUGGCUUACAAGCGGUUGGUGAGGAUGAACAUGCCCAUCGCUGAAGACAAUACGGUUCACUUUACCUCCACUUUAAUGGCUCUCAUCCGGACCGCGCUGGAGAUUAAACUGGCGUCAGGCGUUCUGGCUCAGCGGCUUUGUGAUGCUGAGCUAAGGAAGGAAAUAAAUAGAAUUUGGAGUAACUUGUCUACAAAAACAGUGGACCUGCUGGUGACACCUCAUAAACAUAAUGAACUGACUGUGGGGAAGGUCUAUGCUGCUCUGAUGAUUUUCGACUACUAUAAGCAGAACCGAGCCAAAAGACUCCAACAGCAGCAGGCUGCACCAGGCACACAGAGUAAAGUUGGAGUUCUCUUCAGACCAAUGCUUCCUCUCACACACUUACAUGAUCAGCAGCCACUAGUGCCAAAAGCCCUGCCCUCUUCUCAAUCAGAUACCACACCACAGCCCGAUGCCCCGCCCACAUCCUUUCACCUGACCAAUGGGGAUGCAGUACAAAGCCAGAGCAGUGCCAUGUCAAAGUCUUUAUCAGGAGACAUAUCUCAGGAAGUCGCGCAGGAAGCAAACAGAAGGCCUGUCCAACGGGGCCAAUCGGAAGACGUGCCAAACACAUACAGAUCUCAGGAAUUAGUUGAGAUGACUGACAUUGAGAAUGACUCUGAUGUGGGCGGGUAUCUUGUGCUGGAGGGUCACGGCAGAGCUGCCUCCAUGCCCAGACUCAAUGCUGGCUUUCAGCGGAGCCACUUACGCCACACCGCCGGAACGUAUCUAGCACCUAUCGCAGACGUGAGUCCCAUGCGGCGGUCUACGUCCUCGUUGACUCCUCAGAGAGGGGUGCGAGAGGUCAAUCUGAGCGAUUAUGACCUGGAGAGGCCCAAGCUGGCCCCGGGCCAGACCCUCGCUCAGGAGAGAGAGAGGGAGAGAGCUCAUCAUCAUCAUCACCAUCAUCAUCACCGCUGUCAGCGGCGCAGAGACAAGAAGCACAAAUCGCUGGAUCGAGCCAUCAGCGAAGAGCAGCCACCGCCUGCAGCAGAUCCAAACACUGAGUCACUGCCUAGGGAACGAGCACGGGAGCGAGACCGCGGCCGUUCCCAUGAGAGGAAGCACCAUUCAUCCUCAGCGGUGGAAAGAAAGCAGCGAUACUACUCAUGCGACCGCUACGGCAGCCAUGAACAAGGCCACAGCGUGUCCGCCGGGCCCAGCAGAUCCACAUCGCCAGGAGAACCCCAUGACCCAAACAGGCUUAAACAGGGAAUUAACACAGCUAAAGGAACUUCAGUCGUUCAUACCUCAGGCACCAGCACACCCUGCCGCGGGCGUAGACAGCUCCCACAGACGCCUCUUACCCCUCGGCCUGCUGUUGCCUACAAGACUGCCAACUCCUCUCCGGUCCAGCUCAACACUGCCCAGUCUGCAGGGCCCUGCCCCACUCGCCUUAGUCGUGGCCUGUCAGAGCACGAUGCCCUACUCAGCGGUAGCACCCACCGCCAAUCUCCCGUGCCUGUCACUCGUAUCGGCUCUGACCCCAACUUAGGUCCCCUCCAGCAAGACUCAAACUUGUCUGAAGCGGACGACUUCCACGAUGCCUUGAGCACGUACGGCACGGGUCGCUCCCCCAGGACUGCAGCCUCCUUCGUCCACACAUCAUCAGGUGCCGCCCCCACUUCCACGCUGCUCUCGCGCAGCCAAAGCGGAGUCCCCAACGGGUAUCACUAUUCCCUCGGAGUGAACGCUGCACCUGGGUCGAGUCGAGCAUCUGGAAGCUACCAGGAGACUGAGAGAGAUGACUGGUGUUAGUCUAGCAUGAGUUUUAUCAUCUUUGCCCUGGGAGGAGGAGCCAAAGGAGGAAAACAAGAGUUACGUCCGCAGUUUACACUAUUUUCAACAGUUUACCAUCAGAUUGAUAUCAAGGUGUUCUUCGCUUGUUUAGAAAGAAGCAGACGUCCUUGUUAGUGUUUAUGAAGGUUGCGGUAAGAUGGAAAGCACUUGGAGGUCUGAUAGGUUUCAAACUGAACAGUUUAGCCUCAAGUGACGCUCCCCACCUCUUUUCAUUUCAUUAGGGCAAGCAGGGAGAUGGUCACAUCGGCUGUGCCUGUGAUCAAGACCUCAGACCUCAGAGAGGAAGACGCCCAAAAACAAGCUAAGGUGGGAAGAGUUGUGUGGAAGAAGUGAGACGGUUAGAUUUGAGAGGUUCUUUAGACUCUUUGCACAGGACAUGAUGACUGAAAAGUUAUUUUUAGGGAUAUAGGCUGUGUGUCCUCUAAAAGUUUUGUUUGCAGAAGCCAGCUUAUAUUUUCAAUUGUUCGCAAUGUGUGACACACAUUUUAAAAAGCCUGCAUAUUCGACGCUGAAGGUUUCACUCUGAUUGUUGAGAGUUAAACAGUGUUCAUCUUUGAGGUAAAAUGUAGCUCGUCACUGUCACUUUUUACUUACAGUUGAGAUCAAAAGUUUACACCCCCCCUUUCAGAAUUGGCAAAAUGUUAAGUAUUUUACCAAAAUAAGAGGGAUCAUACAAAAUGCAUGUUAUUUUUUAUUUACUACUGAUCUGAAUAGGAUUUUUCAGAUAAAAGAUGUUUACAUAUAGUCCACAAGAGAAAAUAAUAGUUAAAGUUAUAAAAAAUGACCCCAUUCAAAAGUUUACACCCCCUUGAUUCUUAAUACUGUGUUGUUACCUGAAUGAUCCACAGGUGUGUUUUUUUUGUUUAAUGAUAGUUGUUCAUGAGUCCCUUUUUUUUCAGUUAAAUUGCCUGUUGUUCUUCAGAAAAAUCCUUCAAGUCCCACAAAUUCUUUGGUUUCCCAGCAUUUUUGUGUAUUUGAUCCAUCUUUUCACACUGAGGACAACUAAGGGACUCAUAUGCAACUAUUACAGAAGGUUCAAACGCUCACUGAUGCUCCAGAAGGAAAAACCAUGCAUUAAGAGCUGGGGGUGAAAACUUUUGGAAUUUGAAGAUCAGGGUAAAUUUAACUUAUCUUGUCUUGGGAAACAUGUAACUAUCUUCUGCAGCCUGUGAAGGACAGUACUAAAUAAAAAAAAAAAAAAAAGAUUUCUAGGAAAAUAAAAAAAAUGUAUACAUCUCCAUUCUGUUCAAAAAAUGGGGAAUGUAAACUUUUGAACUCAACCGUAGUUGUUGAAGAAGGGCGGACAAAUGCCACACUGACCAACCAUCACAUUCUACAUGAACAUCCAUGGUCCGAAACCCCCUGAUUCCAACUUUAACAUGAAAAAAAUAACACUUGGAGGAACAUUUUGUUCACCAUGGAUUAGCAGCUAAACGCUGCGCCUCCAAAAUGUUCUCAACUAGGCAUUUUCAAAAGAGUGGCUGGCAUUUUAGGUAGCUAAAAACUCUUUGGUGGACACACAACCUCUAGGUCUGCGCUGCUGUAAUUCUACAUCUUACUUUAGUGUGAGUGGAAUAGACGGUCUGCUCCCACCUCCUUAAAAAAGGCCAAAUUGAACUCACUUUUCUAUCAGGCUGCAGAAGAUUGAAUAUCUUUUCACAGUGUUCCAUUUUGUACCUUGUAAAACGAUCCGAGUGUAGCUGGACAUUACGUAAGGUCUAAUCCUUUUCUUACUCUCGAGAGGUAAGAUACCAAGUGCCUAAACUUUGAGAUUUUAUUGCCACAUUGGUGCGUGAUGCAUUACAAAGCAUUUGGCCUAAAAGAGGCAAUGAACUGUACGCUGUAGGUUAAAUGUCACCGAUACUUGUUUCUUAAAUGUACUUGAGCAUGUGUUUGAGGAAAGAGAUUGCACAAAACAAAGACUGUAGCGUUAUAAAGAUAGUUUAGGUGGAUGUUGAUCUGUUCAGAGUGUGUUAUUGAAACGAUUCAGGGGAAAAUAGAUGAUAUAGAAGACUGAAAGGUUGUAUUUGUCGGUUGCUGUUGGUGUCAGUGUUGUUUCCAGAGGGCGUAUUGUGAGCUCAUGCCUUUCUCUUCCAGUAAUUGAUUAAAAGAGGAAGAAGGCGAGACAGAUUGAAGCGCUUUGUCGACUUUCUCCCGUGUCUAUUAUAUUCACCAGACAAAAAGUUUCAGUGCAACCUAUAUGAAAUAAAGAAUAUGUUGUAUUCUCUCAAUUAGUGAGAUAUUGUAAUGUUUUGAUGAUAGUUAACAAAUCAAGGUUGAUUUAUUCAGAAAAUGGGUUUCACUCUGAUCCUGCCCAUGUCUUCAGUUUGUCGACUUUGUGUCUUUUCUAUGUGAAGGGUUUAUUAGAUGGUGGUAUUUUUAGGGUGAGCCUACAACAGAGCGCAACAGCGGCUGUCUGCGUUUUCAGCGGUCUUGGUUCUGGAAGCAUUUUUCCAUUCAUUGUCUUCAUGGGAAUUUCAAGCAAAAAUAAUCUGAAGCAAAACAGACUUACAGUAUAAAGCUAAUAAAACAUAUCUUAUGGGAUUUUUAUGAUUGGUAAAUCUCCUUACAGGUGGUACAGUAGUUCUUUCCCAAGAGUUUUUGCUAUAUUUUGAAUAGGCCUGUCACGAUUCCUCGAUUCAAUUCGGGUAUUUGAUGUUUAAAAAUCCUUGCCCGUGUCAGGUACACUGUAAAAAACAAUUUGCUAAGUCAACUUAAAAUAAUUUGUAACCUGGCUGCCUUUUUUAAGUUCAGUCAACUCAAAAAAAAGUUUAUUCAACUUAAAAUGUUAAAUUAUACUAAGUGACAACUUAGGUAUUUGAUUUGAAUCAACUUAAAAUUUUAAGGCAGCUGGGUUACUUACCCAUCUGUUAAGUUUAGCAAACUCAAAUAUCUAAGUUGUUACUUAGUACAACUUAACAUUUCAAGUUGGCUAAACUUAUUUUAGUUGACUGAACUUAAAAUUUUAAGGCAGCAGGGUAACAUAUAUUAUUUUAAGCUGACUCAACAAAUUGCGUUUUUUAUUUUUUACAGUGUAACCGGCAAAAACACCAGAACUGAUGCAUUCCACUGACGAAAAUACACAAAAUGCAUUAUUAGACCGUUUUCUAAAGCUGGAUGGUAUAUUAAACCCAUUUAAUAUAUAUUAUGUAAUAUUUAAUUUAAUAUUAAAUGAAACUCGCAUAUUUUGCUGAUUAUUUCUGCUAAAAAUAGUCAA